UGUUUAAGGACCUUGUGUGUGUUGGGUACCACUUUCAAGCGUCAACGACAUUUUCAUGAUGUGGAUCGUUUUAUCUCGUGAAACAAGCUUGUGAAUUGGGUGUUGGUGAUCAAAUUACAGAGAACUAAACCCACCGUGUCGGCUGUUCUACUUUGUAAGAAAUAUUUGACCUGUCAAGGAAUUCGCUGAAAGUGUUCAUUCUUUUUCGGACUAACAACAACAUGGCCGGGCUGCUGGGCAGCCGUGCCGGAUCUCUGGCCCCGUCUCAGACUCGUUCAGCCAGCAGUAGACUCUUGUGCUUCCUUCUGCUCGUCUUCCUGCUCUCGGUCCAUCUCUGCCAGUCGUCGGGCCUUGCCCUGGAGGAGGCGGAGGCAGCGUCAUUCGUGCGACGGGCCGCCGCCAGCAGGUACCGGCGAGAUGUGACCUCGAGGACUGUCGUGGCUCCGAGCACCAUCCCUGAGAACGUGAACAACGACGAGGACCUUUUCGACCUGGACGGGGAGGUCCCCGGCGCCACCCAUGUGGUCACGGGCAACUCGGUGGACGCGGAUAUCUUCUUCGUGGAGAGCGGCAAGCUGCGGCUGAAGAGGGGUCUGCCGGAGGACCUGAGGAAGCUCUUCGAUUUCGAGACGCACCCAGUGUUCGUGGUGUACGUCAACUCCACCAGUACGACAGACCCCGAUGGUGAGAUGAUUUGUCAGAUACGCACCCAGCUGUGCCCCAGCCAGCUGUGCCCCAGGUAUAGAUCUGCCUCUGGAUCUUGCUCCCAGGUGUCUCUCGGUCCCCAGAUUAUGCUUCCCUUUCCUCAGACGAACAAACCAUUCAUGUUCCUCUAA